UCUAACAAACAGUCGUCCUAUCAGGGCGUGGACUGGAGGUACCCAUCACGGCUCCAUCUGCGGGUGGUCACCCUGGUGGAGCACCCCUUCGUCUUCACCCGGGAGGUGGAUGAGGACGGUCUCUGUCCCGCUGGUCAGCUCUGCCUGGACCCCCUCACCAACAACACAGCCCUGCUCCAGUCCCUCUUCCUCCAGGGGCCUAAUGACAGCAUUCCCAUGAAGUAUAAGAAGUGUUGCUAUGGUUAUUGCAUAGACCUCUUAGAGAAACUGGCGGAGGACAUAGGCUUCGACUUCGACCUGUAUAUUGUAGGUGACGGAAAGUACGGUGGGUUUAAGAACAGGCGCUGGACAGGGCUGGUGGGGGAUCUUCUCAGUGGAGCGGCCCACCUGGCGGUCACAUCCUUCAGUAUAAACUCGGCCCGUAGCAGGGUUAUAGACUUCACCUCCCCGUUCUUCUCCACCUCUCUGGGCAUCCUGGUGCGGAGCCGGGACACGGCCGCGCCCAUCGGGGCCUUCAUGUGGCCCCUGCACUGGUCCAUGUGGCUGGGAAUCUUCAUCUCUCUACACGUCACGGCCGUGUUCCUCACCGUCUACGAGUGGAACAGCCCGUUUGGGAUGACGCCGCGAGGCAGGAACAGAGAUAAGGUGUUCUCCUUCUCCUCGGCUCUGAACGUCUGCUAUGCCAUCCUGUUCGGCCGUACGGCUGCCAUUAAGCCUCCUAAGUGCUGGACGGGUCGGUUCCUCAUGAAUCUCUGGGCUAUCUUCUGCCUGUUCUGUCUCUCCACCUACACAGCGAACCUGGCCGCCGUCAUGGUGGGGGAGAAGACCUUCGAGCAACUCUCAGGAAUACACGAUCCAAAGGUAAGAAAGGCUACUCAGCUUUAUUAACUUAAUCAUUUAAAUAUAUGCUGUGUAGAUGAGUACUACUUGCAGUACAGGCAUAAAUAGUGCAUCAUAGGGUGUUGUGGGGCUGAGGCUGGGCAUGGAGCUGGGGCUGGGGAGAGGAGCCGGGGGAGAGAAGCCUGGGGAGAGGGGCUGGGGAGAGGGGCUAGGGGAGAGGGGCUAUGGAGAGGGGCCUGGGGAGAGGGGCUGGGGAGGGUGGCUGGGGUAUGGGUAUGGGGCUGGGACUGGAUGAGGCAUAAGGUUCAGGAGGUUAUGGAUUUUACAAUGGAGAGGAGUUGAAGUCAAAAAGAUAUUUUUGAAAAGAGUCAAGUAGAUCUAUGAGGGUUGUAGUGUUGUGGAGAGUUCCAGUUUAAAGUGCAGUAUCAUCACAAUGAAUCAGUUCUAAGUAGCCUGGGGUGGUCCUAGUGGUCUACGCCGCCUCCAGAAUAGGUCAUAUAAUGUACCAGUGUGAAUGUGGGAUGGAAUCCGACCCACUGCUAUUCUAGCACACCCUCUCCUCCUAUCUUUCUUGUAAGUCUUUCACUGUCCUGUCUAAACAAUAUAUGUGAAACGGCUGGACAGCACAACUCCUUUAGAAAUAAAACAAAUAACAAUCACAGUUUAAAGGUGACAGGAGCUAAGAGAGCUCUGUAACAGGUACAGGAGGUAAUAGACCACAGUUACAGGAGGUAAUAGACCUUAGUAACAGUUACAGGAGGUAAUAGACCACAGUUACAGGAGGUAAUAGACCUUAGUAACAGUUACAGGAGAUAUUAGACUACAGUUACAGUUGGUAAUAGGUCACAGUUACAGGAGGUACUAGACUACAGUAACAGUUACAGGAGAUAUUAGACUACAGUUACAGUUACAGGAGGGAAUAGGUCACAGUUACAGGAGGUACUAGACCACGUAGACCACAGUAAGAGUUACAUAUUUUCUGUUCUUCCAGCUUCAUCACCCAUCACAGGGGUUCCGCUUCGCGACGGUCCGGGAGAGCAGUGCUGAGGAUUACCUGAAGAAAAGCUUUCCAGAGAUGCACGGAUACAUGACACGAUACAACGUACCAGCAACCCCAGAUGGAAUAGAACAUCUGAAGUGA